ACUGCUGCGUGGCGGUUUUUUUCGGCUUGCCUCGUCCUCGUCUCUCACAGUCACAGCAUCCUUCCUUGCUUCUCGUCUCGUCGCCUCUCGGAGAUCAGAAAGAGAACACCGGACACCUAGCCUGCGCCCUUGCCUUCCCUCCGCGCGCGCGUGCUAUCUAUGGCGAUGGAAGACGUCGCGGGUGCCUCCUCCUCCUCGGUGGCGGCCGCCGCCUCCGACCCCACGCACGGCUGGCAGACGGUGUCGUACCCCAAGCGCCACCGCAAGCAGGCGCAUCAGCCACCCCGCGCCAUGGCUCCCGAUCUGGCGCUGCAGGCCAACGGCAAAGGCUCCGGUGUCUUCGACGCCGUCGAGAAGCGCUCCCAGGAGCGCCACCGCGCGCUGCAGCAGCAGCUCGCAUCCAGGGCGGCCGACCUCGACGACGCGCGGAUCGCCCCGGUCACAGGCGGCGCUUACUCCGACGACUCCGACUCCGACGAGGCCACCGCCCCGCGCCAGGUGGGGGAGGUGAAGAAGCCUAAGAAGCCUAAAAAGCCUAAGGUGACGGUCGCCGAGGCUGCCGCCCUGAUCGACGCCGAGAACCUCGCAGCGCACCUCGUCGAGAUCUCGUCAUCAUACGAGAAUCAACAGGACAUUCAACUCAUGAGGUUUGCUGAUUACUUUGGCCGGGCAUUUGUAGCUGUAAGCGCAUCCCAAUUUGCAUGGGCAAAGAUGUUCAAGGAAUCAACAGUGUCUAAGAUGGUUGACAUCCCACUGUGCCAUAUUCCUGAGGCUGUCAUCAAGACUGCGAGUGAUUGGAUCAGUCAAAGAUCUUAUGAUGCCCUGGGAGACUUUGUUUUGUGGUGUAUAGAUAGCAUCAUGUCUGAAUUGUCAGGCCCAUCAGCAGGACCUAAGGGUUCAAAGAAGGUUGCCCAACAGUCUCCAAGGGCCCAGGUUGCAAUCUUUGUUGUUCUUGCCAUGACUUUAAGAAGAAAGCCUGAUGUACUUGUAAAUGUUAUGCCAAAGAUAAUGGGAAACAAUAAAUAUCUUGGACAGGAAAAGCUUCCCAUCAUUGUCUGGUUUAUUGCUCAGGCAUCUCAAGGUGACCUAGUGACUGGCAUGUUUUGCUGGGCUCAUUUUCUAUUUCCCACGUUAUGUGCGAAGCCAAGUGGGAAUCCCCUUGCAAGAGAUUUGGUUUUGCAGUUGCUUGAAAGAAUUUUAUCUGUCACCAAAGCUCGUUCUAUCUUAUUGAAUGGUGCUGUUAGAAAGGGGGAACGCCUAGUUCCCCCUGUUUCAUUUGACUUGUUCAUGAGAGCCACAUUUCCGGUUUCUGGUGCUCGGGUGAAGGCUACAGAAAGGUUUGAAGUAGCUUAUCGAACAAUCAAGGAGUUGGCUCUUGCCGGUUCUCCUGGCUCUAAAACUGUGAAACAAGCAUCACAGCAACUUUUACCUUUGUGUGCAAAAGCAAUGCAAGAAAACAAUGCAGAGCUCACCAGGGAGGCUGUUGAUGUGUUCAUUUGGUGCUUGACACAAAAUGCAGAGUCCUACAAGCAGUGGGAAAGAAUUUAUCCUGAAAAUACUGAAGCCAGUGUUGCUGUCCUGAGCAAAAUUGUGAUUGAUUGGAAGGAUGUGUCUCCUAAGCUCAGUUCUGAAGCUCUCAAGGCAACAGUGAAGAACUUGAAGGCUAAGAAUGAGGCAGCGCUGGAGUCAGCAACAGAUGCUGGAAAGCAGGCAUCUAUCAAAGAAGCAGACAAGCACUGCAAGGUGAUCCUUGGAAAGCUGACGCGCAGUUCCACCUGCCUGAAGAGCAGCCUUGUGGGCAUCGCCCUCGCAGUUGCAGCUAGUCUCGUGCUAUCAUCUCCCGACAUGGACCUUCCGCUCGAGUGGGAGAAGAUCCAGGCGAUGGUCUCAUCGCACCUGUCGUUCUGAACAUACCUGUCCAGGAUCUCCAGACGUGGGUGGAUCUAAGUCAUGGAUGGCUGACUCAGCAGUGAAGAGAGCUCAACGGGUGGUGAGAAUAAGGAGGGGGGGGGGGGGGGUGGAUAGGUGGUAGAACCGAAAGGUUACAGUUUUCAUGAGUCGCCGUUUUUUCCCGCGCUUCCUCCAGCAGCAGCGGUGCAUGGUAGGAGGGAGAUGCAGUAGUCGACUUUGCAGAGAGUUGGUUUAAUCGGUAGACUGGUGGGUGCGAAGAAGGUUGAGUCAAAUGGCUCGACCAGAGGAUUAACACCUUUUGCUUUUCUCUUUGUGCAUCUGAGAUGAUGUUGGCAAACAGUUUUGGUUAUCUAGAAUCUUGAAUCGUAUUCCGUGAUGUGUGCUUGUCGGCUACAUGUAUCUGUUGCGUUGAUAUCUGCUUAAAUUGUGUGAUGCUGUGCCCA